CCGUAUUUCUUCAUGUUUAGGUUAGGGUCUAAUAGAUGCUUGAGGGGCAGAGGGGGUAACAGCUUUUUUUUUCUCUCUUAAUACAUACACAGUAGACAGUAGUACCUUACCUGGGUAGCCCAGACCACAUACCGAUCUACCACCACCUUGUCGCGAGUAACGACUCCAUAUGCGAGCUUUUUUGUUAGGGGAGGUACCUCGUCUUCCCCUCGCCCCCUUCAGUUUUUUUCCCGUCCGCGAUCUCUGCCACACACCACGCAAUGUACACACAACACCCCCCGACCUGCGCUGGAACUCUACAGGAAUUGGCUUGAUCACGUUAGCCUCGCUAUUAGCAAUGGUUUUUAAAUUGUCGGCAUCCUGAUAUCCCUGUGACACAACUAUCUUACACCCCUGCUCUUCUUAGGGAAGCUGUCGCAAUGGUUCCCUUUCAUUGGUCAGAUCUCGUCGCAACCUCCUGUUUACCUGCGACCUCGACGACCUCAACCUGACUACCUCUCCUUCUUGUUUUCCAUCCGUUCUUCAUCAAACUUCACCCAAAUCUUCUUCAAAUCCUUUUUUCCCGGUCGCCCUCAACUAGCGAUUGCUGCUAGAUACCAUUUCUUCAUCUAGUGUUGCAUUUAUUUGAUUAUUUAGCUCACUAGGCCGAACAUCAUGCCCGUCGAGCUUCGCAAGCGCAAAGCUCCUGCGCCGGCCCCAGAGCCGCCAGUCAAGAAGCAAUCCAAAGUUUCAAAAGCAGCCACCAAGGUUAAAGAGGCCGUCAAGGCUAAACCUACCAAGUCGACCAAGUCUGCCGAUGCCAAUGGCUCUUCCAAGCCUGCUAAACCUGUAGUCGGUGACACACUCACCCUCGACGGGUUUGGUGGCGAGUUCGAAACCAACGACGGUAAAAAGACCACCUUAAAGGCCCUUCUAGAUGAGAGUAAAUCCGGAGUUGUGAUUUUCACGUACCCAAAGGCCUCCACGCCGGGCUGUACCAACCAAGCAUGUCUCUUUCGAGACUCCUACGAGCCUUUGACCAAAGGUGGUCUCGCCAUCUACGGUCUUUCGGCUGACUCGCCUAAAGCCAACACCACAUUCAAGACCAAGCAGAACUUACCUUACCCCCUUCUAUGCGACACUAGCUUCGCGUUGAUUGAGGCCCUCGGUUUCAAGAAGGCGCCUAAGGGCGUUACCCGCGGCGUCUUCGUCGUUGACAAAAGCGGUAAGGUUCUCAUCGCCGAACCUGGCGGACCUGCCGCAACGGUCGAAGCCGUUAAGAAGCUGGUCGCUGAGAACGAGGAAGCGGAUGUGAAGGAAUCUGCUGACGAGGAGCCUGCGGAGAAGGCCGCAGAGGAGGCCAAAUCCCCUAAUGGCGACGCCACUAAGGAGAAGGAAGAGGAUGGCGCGGCCGAGUAACGGAGAUAGUAUUUGUUUUUGCCCGUCUGCCUUUUUGUCCAACCUAGGGAUUAUCUUGCCUCCAGUCGUAACAUCACGGUUUUGAUAUGAUAGUAACAUCCGUGUCAAUAAUGACGUAGAAUGACGAGAACAAUAAAAGUAAAUUGGAUAUACGAAAUUUCCCGCUGAGGCGAUACCCUAGGUACUUUCUGGUCUCGUAUGUGGUCAACAUCAAGACUCGCGUUAAAGCCUGCCUAACCCAUUCGAUCGACAAAACAAUCGACUUGUUGCUACGCGUCAAAUGUAGAGGCAUUUUAUCUACCAGGUACUAAGGUACUAUCUUAUGUAAUGGAGUGAGGUAAAGUGUAACCCUAGUAAGUGGUAGACGGGAAUGAAGAGACCGAGAUUUAACCAUGUGGGUCAUCUUUGACCAACACAGUUAAUCUG